AUGUCGACAGAAUGUUGACAUGAGCAUUUCAGAAGUUUGAUUUAAAUUUAAAUUUGACAUUUCUUAACUUUUUUGACAUUUAAAUUUGUUUGGUGUUUGAUUUUUCAGAUGGCUCCCAGACUCAUUAUUCCAGCACCCGAGCAUUUCACUGGCCGCGUCACAUAUAGGGGCACUGGAAUUUUUGCAAAAAUCAAAGCUCGGUUUGAGGAGUUCAACCUUAAUAACACGGCGAAGGAAAGCCGUUUCGGGAGCUUCUGGAAUGCCGUACCACUGACAUUCUCCUCGGUGUUAUUUCACCAGCUGAUGCUCCACAAAAUGAAAGUGGAUGCUCAGGAGGAGUUGAGGAUGAGGUUUUAUGUUGGUCGGAAGGAGGUCCGAUUCGGGGUGCUGGAGUUUGCACUCAUUACGGGUUUGGACUUAUCCUCGGGGCCAACAGAAGAGGAGAAGGCUGCGCAGGUCGCGCGCUUGGGGUCAAACCGAUUGAUCAACAAAUAUUUCAACCGAUCUGAUAGUGUGAAGACAGAAGCACUCCAACUUCAGUUCACAAACUGCCAGAACCCGGAAGACUUGUACAAGCUCGGCUUGUGCUUGUUUGUGGAGUCAGUGCUUCUGGGCCGCGAGGCCAACGCGCUGAUUACGCCUCACAUACUUAGAUAUGUGGAAGACCUCGAGUUCUUCUUCCGGAUUCCUUGGGGGAAGCACUCAUUCGCCAGACUCAUGCACUCGCUUCAGAAAGACAUGUUGAAACAGAAGGCCAACUACGAGAAGAAGCUGAGUUCGGAUGUUCAGCACGAGUGCAAAUACACAGCAUAUGGCUUCGCACCUGCAGUACAAUAUUGGGCGUACGAGGCCAUUUUGGAGGUUGGGAAGAGGUAUGGCACGAACCACGGGAUUCGGUUCCCCAGGAUGCUUAGCUGGACGAGCAAAGGCGAUAUUGGGAAGAAAGACGUCAGCGCAUUAUUUUCUAGACGGAAUCUUGAAGUGGUCAAGGGGCUACUUCCACGGACAGAGGAGGAGGCAUUUGUGAGGACCAUAUCUUACGAUGGUGUGGAGAACCUGGUUGAUGAUGUUGUGGAUGACACAGAGGCUGAGGCAGGUAGUCAGGUACCAGAGACUCAGGUCCCAGACACUCAGGAAAGAGACACUCAGGCCACUGGUUCAGAACCUCAGCCCAGUGCACCAUCUUCAUCAGGCGUUCGGGGUGCCGAGUACACUGAUUUAGUGGCUCGGUUGGAUAGGAUCGAGGCUGACACUCAGGGUCUGUAUGCUGCUCAUGUCGAGCUGAAGAAGGCAUACGAGACCAGCCAUGUAGAGCUGAAGGGUGGUCAGAACGUAAUUAUGGAGCAGCUCAGACACAUAUUGGCCAUGUUGAAUCGUCCGCCAACGACAGCUUCAGCACCGGAGGCCCCAGCAGAUCCAUCUACCCCACCACCAGCUGCUUCACCCCCAGUAGAAGAGGAUGAGGUCUUCCCCGACGAUUACGACCCUUAUGAGGGAGCUCCAGCGACUCCGAUCGAGGCACAACCUCUUAUCCAUGUACAUGACACCGAGUCGCAGGGUGAGAUUCUGUCCAUAGAGGCACAACCUGCAGUGGUUAAGAGUCGGAAGAGGAAGAGAAAGCCUCCUGUAUGGUUCGGUGACUAUACGGAGAUGAAGAGGAGACAUAGGCCAUCUUCGACUUUUGAUCCCCUGGAGCCACCGGAUGAGAAAUUGUUAACCACUUUCCGAAAGUGGUGUGUUGGACUCAUUCCGAACCACCGACUUCGGGAUUUGAGAAGUGGUGAUUACGGUCCAGGAUUCUUUUGGAUAAUGCUCACACCAAAGGAAUGGCUUACAGAUGACCAUAUAGAUGCAGCAAUGCAUAUGCUGAGGAGGCGACGCACCGACUAUCCACUGACAUUUCCUCAGAAGGGUAUCAUUCUCUCCACAUUCGUGACCGCCAUGAUCAGCAGUGCAUGGACGAGCCACAAGGGUCCGAGGAAAAACUUUAAAUGGGAGGAUUAUAUCCUGGACUACUGCACAGGGGCUCAUAAGUCCCAAGUCUUUGAGAGAGGGAGGGGUAACGAGUUUAUUUACUUCGUUCUGCACCUUCCCGAGGCAAGGCACUGGGUCACAGUUGAAGUCGACAUAGAGCUGUGGAAAAUUAAUGUCUACGACUGUGAUUCCAGCGUCUGUCAUUGGACCGCCUUGGAACCCAUCAUGAAGGUUUGGGCAGAACUGCUGCCCUCGCUAAUCCUUGCAACCGGGGAAUUUCCACAUAACAACCAGAUCAUGGCGUUAGCUAACUGUGACAUCACGGUGCUUCCAAAAAUGCACGCGACUCGAGCCACUCACGACUUAGUUCCGAAGUCAGCAACCAGGUACAUAGCGAUAAAAAAGUACUGUAGUAUUAAAAUAUGUUUUACGUUAGACUGACUUUACAUUUUAUUUUGCAUUUAGUGGUGAUUGUGGCAUCUAUUGCAUUGAGUAUGUGGAGCA